AUGAGGCUGAAGAGAAAAUUCUGGAAGUUUUUAUUAUAUACUCUGGGUGUAUGCAAAUACACUGUCCAGGGUGAGAGCCACUGUGAGUGGGUAUCUUGCAUCUGCUUCUCACCCAGUAGCAGCAAUCCCAUCAUCGUCUCCUGUGCCCGGGACAUCAAAGUAUGGAACCUGGAAUACUGCAAACUGAAGUCCAACCAUAUCAGCCCCCCAGGCCAGCUGAACACUGUGACUGUCUCUCCAGAUGGAUCCCUCUGUGCUUCUGAAGGCAACGGUGGCCAGGCCAUGCUGUGGCACCUCAAUAAAAGCAAGCAGCUUUAUAUGCCAGAUGGUGGGGACAUCAUCAAUUCCCUGUGCUUCAGCCUCAACCACUGCUGGCUCUGUGCCACCAUGGGCCCCAACACCCAGCUCUGGGACUUGGAGGGCAAGGUCAUCGUAAAUGAACUGAAGCAAGAAGUUAUCAGUACCAGCAGCAAAGCAGAGCCACCCCAGUACACCUCUCUGACCUGGUCUGCUGAUGGCAAAAGUCUUAAAAUACAACUGUUCUCUACAAUCUUCUGCCAGCCCACCAAGGCUUGGACAGUGGUGAUGGUAACAUGGAUGUCUGGGCUGUGCACCACUUCAUUCAAGAGGGCAUUAAUGUUUGUCUCUGCCAAUCCUAUGCCAAGAACAUGGGCUUACAUGGUGAGCAUGUGGGAGCCUUCACUGUGGUCCUACAAAGAUGCUGAUAAAGCCAAAAGGGUGGAGUCACAUUUGAAGAUCUUGAUCCAUCCCUUGUAUUCUCAAUGGAGCCCUGACUGCCUUAACCAUUGUGACCAGCCUGGAUUUGCAAAAACAACGGUUGCAAGAAGUGAAAGGCAUGGCCGACUGUGUCAUUAG